CCCCGCUGGGCCGCUAGCUGUCAGCGUUGCCUCGCCCGGACGGCGGCGGUUCCCUGCGGCGGCUGGGGCAUCCAGGUGUCCUGCGGGAGGCGUCCCCGCGCUGCGAGCCGCCUCCCCACGGAGGGCCCCUGUGCGCGGGUGUGCGUGUCGGGGAUAUUUUCCUCCCCACACCCUGCCGGGUUUCUCCUCUGCCCUUGCUGCUUUGGCUCCUGCUGCCUGAACCAUGUCCGCAAGAGUGGCCCACCCUCAAGACCCGCACCACCCUUCCGAGAAGCCUGUCAUUCACUGCCACAAAUGCGGAGAGCCGUGCAAGGGUGAAGUGCUUCGGGUCCAGACCAAACAUUUCCACAUCAAAUGUUUCACCUGCAAAGUGUGUGGCUGCGACCUGGCACAAGGCGGCUUCUUCAUAAAGAACGGGGAGUAUCUCUGCACCCUGGACUACCAGAGGAUGUAUGGGACACGCUGCCAUGGCUGUGGGGAAUUCGUGGAAGGAGAGGUGGUGACUGCCCUGGGCAAAACCUACCAUCCCAACUGCUUUGCUUGUACCAUCUGCAAGCGCCCGUUUCCACCCGGAGACCGAGUCACGUUCAAUGGGAGAGACUGCCUUUGUCAACUGUGUGCCCAGCCCAUGUCGUCCAGCCCUAAAGAAGCCUCCUGCUCUAGCAACUGUGCUGGUUGUGGAAGGGACAUCAAGAACGGGCAGGCGCUGCUGGCUCUGGAAAAGCAGUGGCACUUGGGAUGCUUUAAAUGCAAGUCCUGCGGGAAGGUCCUCACCGGGGAGUACAUCAGCAAGGACGGCGCUCCGUAUUGCGAAAAGGACUACCAGGGGCUGUUUGGGGUGAAAUGUGAAGCCUGUCACCAGUUUAUCACAGGCAAAGUCCUGGAGGCAGGUGACAAACAUUACCACCCCAGCUGUGCACGAUGCAGCAGAUGCAACCAGAUGUUCACAGAAGGAGAGGAAAUGUAUCUUCAAGGUUCUACCGUUUGGCAUCCCGACUGUAAGCAAUCUACCAAGACAGAGGAAAAACUGCGGCUGCCAAACAUUCAGCGUUCUUCGAAAUCCGAUUUCUUUUAUCCCAAAAGUCUGAUUCGACGCACAGGACGGUCUCCGUCACUGAAGCCUACCAGGACUUCUUCCGAAAGCAUUUAUUCUAGACCAGGCUCCAGUAUUCCUGGCUCCCCGGGUCACACUAUCUAUGCAAAAGUGGACAAUGAAAUCCUGGAUUACAAGGAUUUAGCAGCCAUUCCCAAGGUUAAGGCAAUUUAUGAUAUUGAGCGUCCAGAUCUCAUUACCUAUGAGCCUUUCUACACUUCAGGCUAUGACGACAAACAGGAGAGACAGAGCCUGGGCGAGUCUCCAAGGACUUUGUCUCCCACCCCAUCAGCAGAAGGCUACCCGGACGUUCGGGACCGGAUGAUCCACCGGUCCACCAGCCAGGGCUCCAUCAACUCCCCCGUGUACAGUCGCCACAGCUACACUCCAACCACGUCUCGCUCGCCCCAGCAUUUUCACAGACCUGAGCUGCUGUCUCCUGGUGUGCACAGGUUGUCCUACCUGCGCACCAGCAGCCUCAGCUCCGCCCACAGCGACUCCCGCCCCAACUCCCCCUUCCGACACCACUUCAUUCCCCAUGUCAAAGGCAAUGAGCCGUCCAGCGGCCGGAACUCCCCUCUCCCCUACCGGCCAGACAGCCGCCCUCUAACUCCAACUUACGCUCAGGCCCCUAAACAUUUCCAUGUUCCAGAUCAAGGGACCAACAUUUACCGAAAACCACCCAUCUACAAACAGCAUGAUGCAGCUGCCUUGGCAGCCCAGAGCAAGUCUUCAGAAGACAUCAUCAAGUUUUCCAAGUUCCCAGCAGCCCAGGCUCCAGACCCCAGCGAGAUACCAAAGAUUGAGACGGACCACUGGCCUGGUCCCCCCUCACUUGCCGCCAUAGGAGCUGACAUGAGACGCAGAUCUAGUGGCAGAGAAGAAGAUGAUGAGGAACUCCUAAGACGCCGGCAGCUUCAAGAAGAGCAAUUAAUGAAGCUCAACUCAGGCCUAGGGCAGUUGAUAUUGAAAGAAGAGAUGGAGAAGGAGAACCGGGAGAGAUCAUCCCUGUCAGCCAGUCGCUAUGAUUCUCCCAUCAACUCAGCCUCUCAUGUUCUGUCAUCUAAAACCUCCUCCCUCCCAGGCUAUGGAAGAAACGGGCUUCACCGGCCUGUUUCUACAGACUUUGCUCAGUACAACAGCUACGGGGACGUGAGCGGGAGCAUGCGAGACUACCAGACCCUCCCGGAUGGCCACAUGCCUGGCAUGAGAAUGGACCGAGGAGUGUCGAUGCCCAAUAUGUUGGAACCAAAGAUAUUUCCAUAUGAAAUGCUCAUGGUGACCAACAGAGGGCGCAACAAAAUCCUGAGAGACGUGGACAGAACCAGGCUGGAGCGCCACUUAGCCCCAGAAGUGUUUCGGGAAAUCUUUGGAAUGUCCAUACAGGAGUUUGACAAGUUACCUCUUUGGAGACGCAACGACAUGAAGAAAAAAGCAAAACUCUUCUAAGAUCCCACGCGUAGACAGCAAUUAGAAAAAGGACUAACUAACAAUGGCGGGGACACAUAGGAUGUUAUAUUAAGGCCCAAACUUGAUUGGAGAUUUUGCCAACACCUGUCCCUCAGCAACAACAAAGAGGGGAAAUCUGAUUAAAACACUCACGGGCCAAACAUUGGGCCAGCCAGCGGCAACACUUGCCAAGAAGCAAUGGGGUAGAAAUUUCUAUGUUCCCACACUCGACAGUAGUGCUCACACGCGACCUUUCUACGUCACCUAAUGUACCCAACAGGAGCCACUUCUUUUGUUUCCCUUUAACUGUUGUCCAACAAUAGUGCUGACUAUGGAUAAGAGCCCGCAAGUGUCCUUAGGAUGCCGCAUGGAACACAACAGCUGUCCUAAUUCCAAAGUAUGAAUAUAUUUAUUAUGUAGCACUGUGGCUAAGGAGGAAGAGCCCAAGGGACGUAUCCAUGUGGGAGCAGCCAUUUUGCACACGCCUUUCCGCACUGCCUCCUGCAGCUCUGCCUGUGCUCCAGCAGGAUGGGGAGCACAGAGUUGGGGAACCCAGUGGCUCAGUCUGAGUGGCCAGAAUAGCAGCCGGAAUCAUUUUUAACAAGCUCCUUCUUCUCCACUGUUUGCUAGAACCUGGUUCACAAGUUACUUAGGUAUUACUAACAACAACAAAAAAAGUUUUUUAAGAGAAAGAGAAGGAAAGGGAAUGAAAGGAAAACCUCCCUUAAGUCUUUUUCUGCUUCAGAUAGUAUGCUUCAUUUUUCCUCCCCACCAAGAAGAGGAGCUGUCUCAGGUCCCCCUUUGCAAAGAAAGGAAAGGGAAAAAUUGUCUCCAGAUUGAUCCAGUUGCAUGCUGUUAGAUGAUCUUUGCCCAGGGGCCAUAGCACUCUGGGUGUAAAGAAAGUCCUGUGUCCCCCCAAUGCAAAUUCGUCCACCCCAUAGCCUCUGCUGUAUUUCUAACAUCCUCAUAAUCGGAUCAUGCCCACGCUGGUUUAGGGUCUUUUUAAGGCCUUUUCAGUAGUAGGCUAAGGAAAGGCAUGGUCUUCUAUUUUAAGUCUCUGCAACUCCAAGGUAGAUGGCCUCGAACUGAUUUAAUUUGGCUGUUUCAGCUUUCCUUCUCGCUGGCCCUGUUGACCUCAUGGUGUGUAUGUGUGCGCAUGCGUGCGUGCUUUGGACCCACUGACAUAUUUUGCAAACGGCUCCGGUGGGGUGGACCUGAGGACACCAGCUCUUUCUUGGUCUGCAGCCAGACUUCAGCUUGCAGUUUUGCCUUCACAUGUCAGUUGCCUCUUGCUUCAUUCGGUAUUUCUGCUGUCCCAUCUUCUCUCUGACCUCUCUUGCAACUGGCAGCCUGUGGGUCCCAGUCCUUGCUUUGCUCUGGCAAAGUGUGAGGGAGGUGGGGACCCCUGUGUAUUCCCAGUGUUUUCCUCCAAUCAAUGACAAGGAUGGCCAAGUGGGUCCCAGCGCUAGGCUUUCUUUCAUUAUGGAGAUAAUAAAGGAUCCUGAAUGUUUUCAUUGGUUAAUGAGGUAUGCCCCGUGCACAUGCAGGGCAAACAUCAACAUACGAAGAAUUGCAACUAAAAGAACUAAAACCCCAAAUCUGCUCCCUCAAAUGAAACUCUACUUUCCUUGUGUCUUUUGAAUUCAGUUCUGCAUCCAACUUAGAGGAAAGAAAAGCUUCUUUCCAUAUCAAGCAUAUUAGCAAAUUUAAAUAAGACACCGCCAGCAGAAGGCGCCAGCUGGAGGGAUGGGUCAUGGGGCCACCUGCUUCUCCUAACCGCCAAAUCCAGUACGUGGGCUACCACGCACUAUCCGUUUUGUGAAACUGGGCUCACCAUGCUUGUCCUCAAAACGUCCAGGCCGCUGCACCAGGGGUCAGUGUUCUCUGCUUGAAUCCCGCCCUGCACUGCACAUAAGAAUUCCAGUUGUUAACACAGUCAAACGAACACGGAUUGUUUAGGACAGGAAUCCGACACACGGCAGCCUUCCCAGGUGCAUACAGAAAGGGCUACGUUUUUUGAGCAUUGGGCUUCCUUGUGAUGCUCUCGGCACGCUGAUGACGUGGAGUAAACGAGGCCUCUGUGGCAACAUGAAAGUCAGAGCUUCCUUGAAAGUUUCUUCCAGAAAAGCCAGCACACCCUUUAGUCUUCCUGUGUGAUUUAUGGUGACGUGUGAAGAGGCCUGGGAAGCUUGUACAGAUAGCUGUGCAGAUUUUGGUUUGGGUUAGUUAGGAAAUGUUCGUAAUGUGACUUUUUUCAAUAAUUAAAGAUAAACUGCCUGUUCUCUGAAACCUUGAACAGAGAAGCUAGAGUUAAUGGGUAAUAAGGUGAAGAGAAAAAAAAAAAAGUAGUUUUUCUCUGUCAUGUCCUCUAGUCUCUCCCCCUCCUCCCCAUUGCGUUGUUUCCAAGCUGUUUCCUCCCCUGAGGUGAGGCUGGACCAACUCUCUGCCCUCAUCCUCUUUAUCUAGUUCUGUCAAUCAACUCUACCUGGAGAAGUCUCACUUCCCGGGUGAUUGUAUAAAAUCGAUGUGCUUUUGCAAGUUUAAAUCAUUCAAAUUAACCACUUUUGACUAAGCAGGUCUUGCUAAAAACUCUUUUAAUCAAACUUGGUGUGAGCGUUCUCCUGUGUGUGGAAGGGGCAGGCGACCCUUCAAAGGUGGGCUCAUAGAGCCCUCUCUCUGACAGGAAAGAUGGUGGAAGGAUAUUGAACCCCAUGUCACUGGUCCAUCUGUGUCCUCUAAAGCAAGCUCAGUUGUUACAAAUCACCUCUUCAGUAUUUCUGGUCACUGUUUAAUCAGUACUUCCUAAACCAGCUUUGAUUGUAUUUGAUUUUUAAAAGCAUUUUCUGUUGUUUGUCAGUAUGCCCUAAAACUCACUCAUUAGCUCUUGAAGAAUGUUCUAUCCAGAAAAAGAAAUCAUUUUGGACUUGAGAAUUGCACCAAGACCACCCUAUAGAGAUGUACAUUAAGAGACCUGACUAUUUUUUUUUUUUUGAAAAUUUUACUUUGGCAUUUAAAAAAAAAAUCAUUACCUUUCCAUUUUCUGCCCAGGAAACUACCUAUACGGAGGUGACAGAUGCUCUUUGCAUAUGGAUUGUUUGUUUUUAUUUGGGCAAGAUUAAUUAACGGCAAAGUCAAAAAGGAAGGAAGAGAAGGUCAGUUUAAACUGAAAGAAACUUUGUAAACAUGUGUCCACAGCAAAAUUAAACAAACCCAAAAUUUUCUGAUGCUUAGUGUAAUUGAGUGGCGAUUGUUAUUAAAUGAAAUUCUUCCCCAGAGCAUCUCUCCCAAUUGUGAAGAUCCCAUGAGUCACUUUCCAGGCCCAUUCACCAAAGGUAGAAGGAGACGAUACUGGUACACUGACAUUCAGAAAGGUGGGAGCCGCUUAACCAUCACAUGUGCAUGUUUCUUCACCCUAGGGAAGAGAAAACGGGGGUCCACAAAAUUGUGAUUCUGUGGGGGUUUAUGUACAGCCUCAUCCGGUAAUGAACGUGUGUGGUUUCUAUGAGUGGCUGGCCAUCCUGCAUCGAAGCUCUCUCAGUUCUUUUACCUUCAGUAGGGUUUAUGGAAUUUUUUUUCAAGUGUCGGAAGACCCACCGUCCUUCCUGCCCUCCCUCGUCUUUCAGAACUAUGAAAGCAAAUGUUUGGAAGAAUUGCUGUGUAAAAGAUGUGUUGUGUCCCCCGUGAAAGUGAGUGGGUGUCCAUCUGCACCCCGACUCCCACAUGCUAGUCUGCAGAGGCGGCCAGUGGGCCCACGUGGCCGCGCUUACGAUUCUGACCUGCCCCACGCUCCCGUUGCAAGUAGCGCUCGCCGCUCCUCUGCGUUCUGUUGUGCUCACAACUCGGAAUAAAGUGUGUGCUUUAUUCGUAAA